AUCUUUUUUACGCAUGCGCAAAGUUUCUUGAAAGCGUUGUUCUUGAAGUCUGUCUUGCUUUUCUGUGAAAAGCCUGUGUGAGAGCUUGGAGUACUAGGAAUAGUAGCUGUUUUAUUGGGACUUGGGAUUCAACACUGUGUACUUAUUCUCUGGGCGCGUUAGUAUAAAUUAUCUAGGUAUAGUUUUGCUAUCUCCAUGGUAAAAAUGUCUUCUCUAUCUCGUGGCCAUAGGCAACAGUGUUACCUGUGUGACCUACCAAGAAUGCCAUGGGCCAUGUUGCACGACUUUUCAGAACCUGUAUGCCGAGGCUGUGUCAACUAUGAGGGUGCGGAUCGCAUUGAGCUCAUCAUCGAAACAGCUCGCCAAAUGAAACGGGCUCAUGGGUUUCAGGAUAGCAGGCAGCCAUCUUCGAUAGCCACGAGAAAUCAUCACAAUGCUGUGAAUGGGGUAGCGGUGUCAGCCGAAGCAACGGUCUUACCAUCUCAUGCUGUACCUGUCACUGCUGCUUCUGUCUCGCGCGCAACCGUGGCUGUUGACAGGUUCAGUGGUCACGAUGUUCGGUCGCGUGCACUGUUGGAUUACAAUAACCAACGUUUAUCAGGACAUCGGGUCGAAGACGUACCCCAUGAUGCCACAACAGCUGCCCUUAACAGAGUAAGUCCAAAUCUGGCCGUUCGAGUGCCCCCUCCAGCUGCUCUGGCCAUAGCACAUCCACAAACACAUCUUGCACUACCUACACCAACCGGCCGCCAAAAUUCGUUAUCAGUCAAACGUUCAAGUGACAGAGACGAGGAAGAAAAUUCUAAUAAUUCUAGCAGUUCUGAAAAUAACCAUAAACGUGCGUUGUUGGACGACCAUGCUGCCGGACGACCUCCCUUAACACGCGGAGAAAGCCUUCCAGCUGCUAUGAUGGGUAUGCCCUUUGAUGCCCGCUACAAAAAGGAUCACCCGAUGGUUGGACGUGUGUACUCCUUUGACGCCGCUACAGCUUCAAGCUUGAAAGCUGCCACGGCUGCUGCUGCUUUCACAAGUAUUUCCAACGCUUCUAUUUCCUCCGUUACAUCAAUCUCUUCUAUGAACAGUCGCUCAUCAAAAUCACCGGAGAGCGUUGCUGUUGCCACAUCACAAAAUGGCCCGUCACCAAUGGCAUCACUUAUGUCUGUUACUGAUAACCUUCCACCUGGAUCACCACGAAGUGUUAUUCCAGGGACAGACCUGGUGUCACCGUCUGGCGGAGCUACUAGGCCAUCAUCCACUACUCGUCACUCUCCCACUGGAGCGCCCCCAGGUUCUGGAAAGAAGUCAUCCGGUGGAGGUCGUCAUAACUCUGGUAAUUCUAGCAUGGAGGUGGAAGCCAGUAACACCAACACGACUUCUGCCACAACAACCACAACUUCAUCUGAGACACCUCACACGACUACUGGUCUGAAGUGCACAUUGUGUAACGAGAGGCUGGAAGAUACUCAUUUUGUCCAGUGUCCAUCAAUUCAACAUCACAAGUUCUGCUUUCCCUGUUCACGUGAGAGCAUUAAAAGUCAGGGAGCAGUUAACGGAAAUGAAGUUUAUUGUCCAAGCGGUGAAAAGUGCCCUCUGGUGGGAUCCAAUGUCCCUUGGGCCUUCAUGCAAGGAGAAAUUGCCACCAUUCUUGGUGAUGACCUGUCUUCUGGGAAAGUGAAGAAGGAGAGAGAUACCUAAAGAAGAAAGAGAUUUGAAACGAGAGUUAGAAAAACAAGGAAUCAUUUUCAAAAUCGUUCCUUUAAAAAUCCAGAUGUGCAGAGAUCGUGAGAGAAACUACGCCUUGCAUUGGUUUCCUGAAGCUUGGAUUUUUUUUUCAACUGAAAAUUAAGAUGAAGCCGAAGGAAGGUAGUCAUAUUGGAUCUUUGCUUGACGUCUUGACUAUUUAUGAAGCUGCCCAAGACAGAGUGUGUGUGAAGCGAGAUGAAAAAAUAGAAAAUGAAGAAAACGUCAAUUUUUCCCAGUUAAGGGAGCAAAAAGGACAGCCAUUUUUCCAUGUUUGUGUCUUUGUUUUGUUUCAACGUAAAAGGACCAUUAUGUUUUGAAACUUGUUUACCAAUCAUGUUUUCUUGUAUUGAACAAAUUAUUUGCUUGAUGUUUGAGCAUGAUAUAACGUUUUCGCCUGAGAUUUGCUCAUUUACUUCAAAAUCGUAAGUUGGUGCUGCGCUGUGUGUUUAAAUCUGGUGAAUUUAUACAUUUUAUGUUUUCUUAAAUUCCUUUUUUCUUGUAUAAUUAGACACAUCAAGUAGUAAUGUUGACUUGUUGCUAUAACAAUCUAUUUGUUGCCAAACGUUAUUAUUGUUACCUUUUUCACGUCGUUGUCUAGCUGUUCAACAAACUUGUAUCAUAGAAAAAUUUUCAGCACGAAUUCAUUCAAUUGUUUCUACUAGUCGUGUCAAGUUUGACGUAGAAGCUCACAUUUCUCUCGUUUGUUUCCAAGAAUCAGGAUUUCUUUCAAUGACAACCUGUAUUUAUCCGUAACGUGAAUAAAGAUCAGAAAUUAA